AUGUGGAAUCUUGACUCUUGCUUAAUUCUCAUCAUCCCAUCAUGUUUGGAGAUCUUACGUGGAAAAAAAAAAAGCAAGAAUCUUUACGAUAUAUUCCAGCUUACUCUUACAAUUAGCUGUAAACAGGAAGGAGAAGAACCAAAACCUGAAGAUAAUGCAACAAAAGCUGGAGAGACACAAGAAAUUUUUGCACAGCCAGUUGAUCCCCAAGAGGUGGUUGGCUAUUACAAUAACCUUAGAGAGCCAAUGGAUUUUGGCACAAUGAGGGCUAAACUUCAGGAAGGAAUGUAUACAAGUUUGGAACAAUUUGAGCAUGAUGUAUUUCUGAUAUCCAGCAAUGCAAUGAAGUUCAAUUCUUCAACAACAGUUUAUUAUGCAGAGGCUAGAGCUAUAAGUGAAUUGGCUCAGAGGCUUUUCCAUGCUUUGAGAACUGAACCAGAAAACUCUCAAUUGGAGUACUCGAGGACAAGGAGACGCCCCGGUAGGAAACCACAAAGUGCAGCUGGAGGUUUGCUCUCUAGGUCUGCUAAACCUGCUAGUUCCAAAGAUGGUGUUUCCCUUAAUGAUCCAUCUAUCAAGAGAACUACCCUUCAGUUACCCCAAUUCAAGCCUUACAUUGGCCAAACGAGUAAUGGAAUUCUUCCUGUGUCAAGAGAUGGUAGGAGAUUAAAUUCCUCUGCAACUGAAAGGUGUAUGACAUAUGUGUCUCAGCAUCCCUGACACAGUGAGAAUGAGAAGUUUGUUUCAACAGUUUAUAAUGCCCCAAAACCACUUAACCAUGUUCCCGAUAUGCAGAGAGUAAUGAAAUUUGUUAGAGAUCUAGGGCCAGCAGCUCAAAUUGCUGCCAACAAUGAACUACUAAAAUAUCCAAUUGAAGCUCCAAAUGUUCUUUCCUAGACUCAAACACCACCUUUUGGCAAGACUGCUAAUUGUCUACUUCCUGCACUAUCUACCCUCCAGAAUCCUGCAGCUUAUCUGAAUGGGGGUGAUGGUGUUCAAAUGCCUUGCAAUAUCAUUUCUAACCCUUCUGGUUCCUAUAAAGGAAGAUGGUCUAUACUGAUGGAGGAAUGAAUACUUCUGGAAGAGAAUUGAUCUCUCCUCACAACAGUUUAGCAGGAGCAAGACCUCAGACCACUGAUGGUGGACUCACUGAUUACAAGUUAGUUGGAGGGCAGGGUCCUAACAAAAGCGGAAAUACAGAUGCCUGUGGUUCUUCCAAAUCCAGUGACAAUAUGGACCUUCUUCUUGCAACUCUGAUGCAAAACAGUGCUAUUCAAAAUCGAACUAACUAUACUUCAUCAGGUACAUAUUUUCCUCUUACAGGAUAUGAAGAUCUGCCUCCUGCUCUAUCAUCUCAGAUCAACAAUGAAUCUCACUCGUGGCUGCUAAAUAACCAUUCACAGUCUACAAGCUUGCCUUACCAAACUAGUAAAAUUGCAAGUACUAAUAAUGCCACAACCACCUCCUCUACGAGUGGAUUUCCAAAUGGAGAGGGGCCAAGCACUGCUGCUGCAGCUGCUGCAUUAGACCAAAACAAGCUAAUGGAAGGGAAACAACCUGCAGCACUGUGGGGUCUGCCGGUGAUGAGUGAUCUUCCUGUCUUGCAAACAGAGGCUAACAAGCAGAUUCCACCUACCCAGAACAUGCUACAGCAACAAGUACAAGUUGCAUCAACUAAAGAAAUACCAUUGUUCAAUACAAUGAAAUCUCUUGAAGGAGUUAAGCCCCAAGGUCAUAAGGCAACUUUCAAGCAGCUGGAUUUGGAUCUCCAACUUUGAGCUUAAUGCCUCUAUGCCCUGAAUAAGAGAAGACGACAGCUGUCUUGCUUUUUUUAAUAAGAAUUUAUAAAUAUAUAUAUAUAUAAAGAUGAUAUAUUGGAAUUGGCCUUUGGCCUGUUCUUAAAAGUUGGUGGAUACUACAAUAGCCAUUAAUGGAUUUUUGUCCUAAA